CUCCUUGCCACGAAGACUUUCGUCUUACACCGUUCCUUCAGACACUCUUUGGCCACCAACCGUCUGUUCCACUUGCAGUCUUUCAAGAUGAAGUUCACCCAGACUCUGUCCCUCCUCGGCUUUGCCGCUCUCGCGGCUGCCGUCAAGUUGACCAACACCGUCACCUUCAUUUCCCUAGACGACACAGAGCGGACCGUCUACUUCACCCCCAGCGAGGGCCACGAGGAGAUCGACAGCGUCAAGAUCGCCGGCGGCGACAACAUCACCACCAAGAUCCCCGAGGGCUGGAUCGGAAACUGGUACUCCGUCUCGGCCGGCAAGCCCAAUGUCCCCGGCAUGCUGGGCGAGGUCGCCUUCCAGGGCUGGAACGACUUGACCUACUUCGACGUCUCCGCCAUCGUCGACCCCAACGACAAGGACGGCGUCAAGGAGAUGUACCCCGUCGAGUCCCAGGACCCGUCGUCCGGCUGCCAAGACUUCCCUUGCAACAAUGCCUACUACGUCUGGGACGACGUUCAGACCAAGGUCACCCCCGAGACCGACCUCGUCUGCACCCUCGGCUCCGGCGUCAGCCCCCUCAAGAGCCACAAGGCGAAGUCUGUCAAGCGUGACUUUGUCCUUGGCAAGUUCUAAGCUGGAGUCAAAUCACACACACACCCUCCUUUUCUGGCUCCCCUUGGGACACCAAAAAGAAUGGGCGGAUUUGACACCUGUCGUCUCUCGUUUCUCGUCCAACACACCAAAAGCAAGCGUAGAACGCUACUACGAUUUUAUGAGGCCAUUUAUUGUUACGAUUUAUGAGCCGCCAACAAGAUGACAGA